UGCGUGCGGCUGAGCGCCGAGCGGGCUCAGGCGCUGCUGGCCGACGUGGACACUCUGCUGUUCGACUGCGACGGCGUGCUGUGGCGCGGCGAGACGGCCGUGCCCGGCGCGCCCGAGGCCCUGACGGCGCUGCGGGCCCGCGGCAAGCGCCUCGGCUUCAUCACCAACAACAGCAGCAAGACCCGCCAGGCCUACGCCGAGAAGCUGCGGCGCCUGGGCUUCGGAGGCCCGGCGGGGCCCGGUGCUGGCCCCGAGGUCUUCGGCACGGCCUACUGCACCGCGCUCUACCUGCGCCAGCGCCUGGCCGGCGCGCCGGCCCCCAAGGCCUACGUGCUGGGCGGCGAGGCCCUGGCGGCCGAGCUGGAGGCCGUGGGCGUCGCCUGCGUGGGCGUGGGGCCCGAGCCGCUGCAGGGCGAAGGCCCCCGCUCCUGGCUGGACGCGCCGCUGGAGCCCGAUGUGCGCGCGGUGGUGGUGGGCUUCGACCCGCACUUCAGCUACAUGAAGCUCAUCAAGGCCGUGCGCUACCUGCAGCAGCCCGGCUGCCUGCUCGUGGGCACCAACAUGGACAACCGGCUCCCGCUCGAGAACGGCCGCUUCAUUGCGGGUACCGGCUGUCUGGUCCGAGCCGUGGAGAUGGCCGCCCAGCGCCAGGCAGACAUCAUAGGGAAGCCCAGCCGCUUCAUCUUCGAUUGCGUGUCCCAGGAGUACGGCAUCAACCCGGAGCGCACCGUCAUGGUGGGAGAUCGCCUGGAUACGGACAUCCUCCUGGGAGUCACCUGUGGCCUGAGGACCAUCCUGACCCUCACCGGAGUCUCCACUCUAAGGGAUGUGAAAAGUAAUCAGGAAAGUGACUGCAUGUCUAAGAAGAAAAUGGUCCCUGACUUCUAUGUUGACAGUAUAGCCGACCUUUUACCCGCACUUCAAGGUUAAAGAUUUAGUGUCUUUAAUGUCUGGAAUAAAAAAAAAUUAAAAAUCACUUACCCAAAUUAAUAGGUGAGGCUUAACCAUCUGUUCAGCUAGGUGGCUUCAAAGAGUAGACUUGGAGUUAAGCAAAGGCACUAGUUGUUAACCUUGUUUGUGAAUGUGUAGGGGGCCAUUUUGUUUACAGAUGCUUAUAUUUUAAGAUACUCUUUUAAGCUUGGAGGGCACUGUGGCAGUCCUGGGCUUUGGGUGCCUUUGGCAAUGGCUGGCUUAGCAUCUGUCCAGGAUUCAGAACCUCAGGGCCUGUUGAUGGGACUGAGGUGAGUCUAGGGGUGUCACGUACUUUAUUGAAAAUUUCAUUCAGGGAUCAAGCCCCCUUGCAGGGCAAAGGGGAGGAGAGGCUGAUUAUUUUGACUCUUGUGAGAAACUUGUACAGACCGGUGGUCACAGGGCCCCACGGGUGUGGUCGUCAGCAGAGGAGCCUGCUGCAUCCCAGCUCCUCGCCUGCAGGGUGGGAGUGGAGGAAAGGGCUGCUCCCAGGUGGUGGUUGUCUCCCUGUCCUUGGGGUGUGGGGUGCUGCCCUUACCACCACCACCCCACACUUCCUUAAAAACCACUUUAAUGUCACAACUGAGUGUCUGUUCCGUUUCAGAUACCCGGGGCUGCCACUCCUCACACAUGGUUGCGCAGUUCUGUAAGCUCAGCCCAGCUAAACCUUGGCUUUCUCAAAUGUGCAUUUAAACCCAGGUGACUGGGACUGAGCAUGUUGUUGGCUGAGUGGCCAAGGGCAUGGAUGCCUUUGCUGAACUCUGUGCAGGGAGCUCAGAGCAGCAUUGGUAC